AUGAUCUAUCAAAUUUUUGAACGCUUAAGAAAUAUUUAUAAAAUUAAACAACUGACAAGAGAGUCAAUACUCAAAAUAAGUUCAGUUGUUAAUUCCUCUGAAUCAACUCCUCUUAUAAUAAAGUAUGCCAAGACAAAGAUUUUAGAAAUAGAAAAUAAAGCUGUUAAUAAUAUUACGGGACAGAUAAACAGCUUAUUAAUUCCAUUUAUUAGAGGAACUAAACACAAUGAGAUUAGAAGACCUAAGAGAUUUUCUAAGAAUGUAAUUGACAUUCUAAAUGAAUCUUUUGCUAAAAGUGAUUAUCCGUCCUAUGAAGAAAAGAUUAAAUUAGCGAAUCUUUGUUUAGUAACACUAAGACAAGUAAAUAGUUGGUUUAUAAACAAGAGAAAUAGAAUGAAGAAAUUACAUAACAAAGAUUUCUUUGAUAAAUAUUGA